GGCGCCGCGUGCCGUGCCGGAGCCGUUCCGCUGGCGGCCGGGUGGUGUUUCGGGAGAGCCGCGCGCGUCUGAACCCGGGUUUUUACUCCCCUUGCUUUCCCUCGCCCGCAGCGGGACACGGCUCGGCCAUGUUCAGCUGGGUGAGCCGGGACGCGCGGCGGCGCAAGGAGCCCGAGCUGUUCCGCACCGUCUCGGAAGGGCUGAAGCAGCUCUACGCCGGCAAGCUGCUGCCGCUGGAGGAGGUGGAAGGACAACCCUUCUCCAGGCAUGCCCUGACCCCAAACCUUUCCUCUCUCCCUUCUCCUUUCAGAUUCAUGUGUGCCCAGCUGCCCAACCCAGUUCUGGACAGCAUCAGCAUCAUUGACACCCCUGGAAUCCUGUCAGGAGAAAAGCAGCGGAUAAGCCGAGGCUAUGAUUUUGCAGCAGUCCUGGAGUGGUUUGCGGAGAGGGUGGACCGUAUCAUCUUGCUUUUUGAUGCCCACAAGCUUGACAUCUCAGAUGAGUUUUCAGAGGUGAUCAAGGCCCUAAAGAACCACGAGGACAAGAUCCGGGUGGUGCUGAACAAGGCGGACCAGAUCGAGACACAGCAGCUGAUGCGGGUUUAUGGUGCCCUCAUGUGGUCCCUGGGCAAAAUCAUCAACACACCAGAGGUGGUGCGGGUCUACAUUGGCUCCUUUUGGUCCCACCCGCUUCUCAUCCCAGAGAACCGAAAACUAUUUGAGGCAGAAGAGCAGGACUUGUUCAAGGACAUCCAGUCCCUGCCGAGGAAUGCCGCCCUCCGAAAGCUCAACGACCUCAUCAAGAGGGCCAGAUUGGCCAAGGUCCAUGCCUAUAUCAUCAGUUCGCUGAAGAAGGAGAUGCCCAAUGUCUUUGGGAAGGAGAGCAAGAAGAAGGAGCUGGUAAACAACCUGGGGGAGAUCUAUCUCAAGAUUGAGCGGGAGCACCAGAUCUCACCGGGCGAUUUCCCGAACCUCCGUAAGAUGCAGGAGCAGCUCAUGACCCAGGAUUUCAGCAAGUUCCAGCCAUUGAAGCAGAAGCUGCUGGACACCGUGGACGACAUGCUGGCAAACGACAUUGCCCGGCUGAUGGUGAUGGUGCGGCAGGAGGAGUCACAAAUGCCAACGCAGGUGGUGAAGGGCGGGGCCUUUGAGGGCACCAUGAAUGGGCCUUUUGGGCACGGCUACGGUGAGGGGGCAGGCGAGGGCAUUGAUGAUGUGGAGUGGGUGGUGGCCAAGGACAAGCCCAACUACGACGAGAUUUUCUACACCCUCUCGCCUGUCAAUGGCAAGAUCACGGGGGCCAGCGCCAAGAAGGAGAUGGUCAAGUCAAAGCUGCCCAACACUGUCCUGGGCAAGAUCUGGAAGUUGGCUGAUGUGGACAAGGACGGGCUUUUGGAUGAUGAGGAGUUUGCCCUCGCCAACCAUCUCAUCAAGGUCAAGCUGGAGGGCCACGAGUUGCCUGCUGAGCUGCCCCCUCACCUGGUGCCGCCCUCCAAGCGCCGGCCUGAAUGACGACCUCUCCCCAAUGAGGGGAGGGGACCGCUUUGUGACUCUGCACAGCCUUGGCGCCCCUUGGUUGGACACUUCGUUGCUCCCUGAGGAACUGAGUUGGAACUUUCUGGCUUAAUGAGCACAACCGACCUACCCAAACCGUUCUUGAAUGAAAGGAGCUCAUACGCAAUAAUUUUUUUUUUUAAAAAGAAAUGUUUAAUACAUGAGCUACAUUUAAGGUAACAAUCAUCUGUGGUGUCGGGGGAGCCCGCUCUCUUUUCACCUGAGUCGGCGUACCAUCUAGGCACUGUCUUGUUGAAGGAUAUCAUGGGAUGAGGGAUGGGUAAGAGGAGGAGCGGGCUUCUGUCUUCCCAGGGGCAGUCCCUGUUUGCCUGAGAAUGUUCCACCCUGAAAUUUGGAGGAGGUUCUAGUCAUUCCUCCAGAGUGGCUGGUGUCUUUAACUAAGACACACACAACUUGGUGCUUUUUUUCCCACCAGCUGGCUCCCCAGUUGGUAUUGGAGAUUAGACCCUCAAGACGUGCACAUCACGUCCACACGCCCACUGUUUGGUAUUGCUUUUUAAAACUCACAAAUCUCACUGCCUUGACGCCUUCUGAACACACUUCCUGCAUCCAUCAGCAUCAUGUUCUCCAUGCUUACAUGCGCACACAUACACUCAUUAACCCUGACAUCUCCACUACUGACUGUUUGGAGGGCAUCAUCUCUUCAGAACCAAGGCUACAUUUUCUGCACACCUCUUCUGCCUUUCUUACUCAGUCCUGAGUGCCAUUUGUCAGCACUGAGGCCAAAAGUGGCAUUGAGAGCCGGGUGGAUCUUCUCUUCCUGGCCUCAGCAUGCUUUCUUGAAGCUGCCAUGGACUUGCCCACGUGUUUUAAAAAACUGCUCUGAACCCAGUGGGGUGGGGGUGGAUGUUUCCGUGCCUUCACUUAGUGGUGCAAAUUUAAACAGUGUUAAUUACUCACAUUCUUGGGGCCAAGUAACUUGCACAGUCUACUCUGGGCUUAUAUCCCAGGGAGACUCUUUGGCCACCUCUGUCCUUGCAUAUGAGGAUGAAUUGCCAGAAAAGAAGAUUGGGGCGAGGGGGGAUAUUGAGUGGGGGUGUUGUGGUAAUUUCCCUCUCGGCACGGGUUUCCAGCAGAUGUUAGCAUCCUGGGCUGAGCCUGGAGGAGGCCCACCCUUUUCAUUCCAUAGUCUGUCCACGCUAUAAGAGACAAACGGAGCCAACAUCUACCUUUGACUAAAUUUCUCAGAAUCCCUUAGGCAGUAUGGCUGCUGGAGGAUUCUGGGAGUUGUAGUAACUUUUUCAAGCUGUGUCUGUAGCCUCUGAACAGAUAAUGUUCCACUGGAGGAAAUCUGGAUAUCCCAGAAACAGUCCAAGAAGGGAUUUCAAGGUUUCUCCUUACGCCUUUGGUACUGCUUGGGGGCAGAAGUGGGCAAGAAAUGGUAUUUCAGACAUCUAGCACCAUGUCUGUAUUCGGGUGCAUUUGGGGUGGGCUUGGGGUGGCCUGUAGCUAUAUGUUUCUCUCUUUCUGCCAGGAUGAGUGAAAAAAGAUGGGUCAGUGUGUUAACCACAGUAGAAGGAACACUGUUAUGUUCAAGGUUGGUGAAUUGGAUCAUACGAAGACACGAGAGGGAAUAGAAGGUGGACGUGGUCUCAGGGUCCAGGUGUUGUUAAAUAUUCCACCCACAUCCCUACAUUAAAGUUGGUUUUGACAUUA